GUUCCCUCCGACUUUCUAAUCCAGCGUCCAUCAUUCCUCCUCAGUAUCACAUUACGCCUGGAUUCUCGUUCUACGGAUAGAUUUCGAAGUUGUAUGUGAAAAUCCUCCAUUCCAAUCCCACUCAAGACCUCAUUGACGACUAACCGCACGCAAGUAUAUACAUCAUCACCACAUACCUACCACCACGGCCGCCAUCAUCUCAAUUAGACACUUCCUCUCUCCUCACGCCAAUUGACAACCCCCACCAUGUUCAAACAACUCGCCUCAAUCGGCCGCUUGGCCCAGAGCACCACCACAGCCACCACCCAAGCUCGAACCCUCUCAUCACUCCCCGCCCGCCGCACCUUCCGCACCAUCGCGCCCCUCCAAGCAACGCAUCAGCAAAAGGGCGAAGAAAUAUCCGGCGACCGAACUGUCCUCGACCCGCAACGAUCCGAGACCUCCCAAACAGGCACGGAUAGCGAGGUCGCCGGCCACAACGCAGCGUUUGAUCCGUCCAAGACGUCGCCUGAGAGCGAGGUCCAGGCGGCGCAGGAGGAGUCAGAGCAGCAGGGGAAAGUGAGUAACCCUUUGGAUGUGAGUCCUGGGAACAAGGAUGUUAGUCAUGCGAGGCCGCCGAUGGAGGGGGGGCCGGAUCAUAAUGUUGAGAAGGAGGGGCCGAGUGCGAGGGGGUGGACGCAGAAGAAUCGGGAGGUGAGGGAUUGGAAGAAGAAGGUUUGAGGUUAGGGAAUUGGAUAUGUGUGGGGGGUUGUGGUAUAUAGACUGUGUGUUUAAUUAAGUUUGGGAAUAGUAUUUCGUGAAGAUGGUUGGGUGUUUGGUUGUGUGUAUGUUAGGUAGCUGGGGAUGUUUAUCUUGGAUAUCGCGGGUUGCGAUUUGUACUGUCCCCCUUUCCAAUGCUAAACAAGUAGGAAACAAUUGUAUUAAACCAUCAUGAUACUAUACACACCCAUGAAACAAACAACAUUAUCCACCAACUAACCACUCCUCACCACACCACUCACUCAUUC